AUAAUUCCCUCCACCGACCCUUCGUUCUCCUUCCGCCAAAUCAAGUUCCAGCGUUACGCCCUGCUUCUUUCCAGAGCAACUGUUUUUGAAUCCUUACUCUUUUGAAGAUGGCGCCUCAGACUAGAACAACGGCGUUUCCAAACGUACUAGUUAUCGAGAGAGACACCGACUCCGAACAAAGUUCGUCGGAGGAAGACGAAGAAGAAGAAGAAGAGGAUGAGGCAGUUGAGGAGACUGAUAAUGUAGCGCCAGAAAUGGACGAUGCAUCUACCUCUGAGACGGCGACGAAAAAGCGAGCGAAAGUUCCCAUAACCAUCAGUCUCAAAAAAGUCUGCAAAGUUUGCAAGCGAUCUGGCCAUGAGGCGGGGUUCAAAGGGGCAAUAUACAUAGACUGUCCUAUGAAGCCUUGCUUCCUUUGCAAAAUCCCUGGUCAUACCACGAUUACUUGUCCACAUAGGGUGACUCUUGAUCAUGGGGUUAUUCCUGCUCCUCGGGGAAUCAGCGGGAAAUCACCUGAUUAUGUUUUUGGACGCCAGAUUAGACCUAACAUUCCAAAGAUUAAACCGGCCUAUGUAAUUCCGAACACGGUGACUUGUGGAGUUAGUAAAUACCACAGCAGGAGAGUAACGUGCUUGGAAUUCCAUCCAACGAAUAAUAAUAUUCUGCUCUCUGGUGAUAAGAAAGGACAACUUGGAGUUUGGGAUUUUCAUAAAGUGGAUGAAAAGACAGUUUAUGAAAGUGUACACAGUUGCAUACUUAAUAACAUGAAGUUCAGCCCUGCUAAUGAUGGAUCAGUAUAUUCAGCAUCAUCUGAUGGAACCAUUGGUUGUACUGAUUUAGAGACUGGAAUUUCACAAUCACUGAUGAACCUCAAUCCAAAUGGGUGGCAGGGCCGAAACAGAUGGAGGAUGCUUUACGGGUUGGAUGUGAACCGGGAUAAAAAUCUUGUAAUUGUUGCAGAUAACUUUGGAUUCCUUUACAGGGUGGACACUCGUUCUAAUUGCAAAUAUGAGGAUCAUAUUUUAAUUCAUAAGAAGGGAAGCAAAGUUACUGGGCUGCAAUGUAACCCUGCUCAACCAGAUCUUCUUUUGAGUUGUGGAAACGAUCAUCUUGCUCGGUUAUGGGACAUGCGCAUGUUGAAGACUGGAUCUUCGCUUUGUGAACUUUCCCAUGGGCGUGUUGUGAAUUCUGCCUACUUUUCUCCCCAAACUGGCAAUAAAAUACUCACGACUUCUCAGGAUAACCGACUACGUGUAUGGGAUUACAUUUUUGGGGAUCUAGAGACCCCUAGUCGGGUUAUUGUACAUAGUCAUGAUUUCAAUCGACAUUUGACCCCCUUCCGAGCCGAAUGGGAUCCAAAGGAUCCAUCAGAAUCUCUGGUAGUAAUUGGGCGAUACAUAAGUGAAAAUUAUUAUGGGACAGCUUUGCAUCCUAUUGAUUUCAUUGAUAUCAAGACUGGGAAACUAGUAGCUGAAGUUGUGGAUCCUAACAUUACAACUAUUAGUCCUGUGAACAAAUUACAUCCUCGAGAAGAUAUUUUGGCAUCUGGAAGCUCAAGGUCCAUUUUCAUAUGGAAACAGAGGGACAAUCAUGAGAUCGAACGGCCUAUGGAAGAAAAGGUGAUCUUAAUCUGCUCUACUGAUGAUAAGAAACGAAGAAAAAGGCUCAAUGGUGAUAUUGAUGAGUCUGACGAUGAUUUGUCAAGCAUAAAGAAGAAAAGCUCCAAAUCUGGGAAAGGGAAGCAAAAAGUGGCUCAAACCAGUCUCAAAAGAAAGAAGUAACAACCUCAAUAAUUGAACAGUCCUGCAAUGCUGACCUUUGUUCUGAUAAAAGCUUUUUCUUUUUUCCUAUUUUGCUAAUGGUCGAAUGUGUGCAUUUGAUGCCCCAUAGCAGCAGUUUGCAGUGUAUGUAUUCCUUAACCUUUUGUGUACUAACUUAUUGCCUUUUGUUAGCUGAUACCUUAUGAAUUAUGGAAUGGAACUUUGCAUAUGCAGUUACAUCAAUUCUUCA